CCUGGAAACCUGUGGAGCAGAAGCUCCGGCCAUGGCCAUCCCAUCCUCCUAUUUAGCCGCCAUCUCCCCCGCAUCCUGUCACUACCAGUGAUCUCAUCGGAUCGCGCAAAAAGCUUCGAAAAGCAAAAGCAUGGCCCUCCCGUCGCCCGCCGGCAUCGCCAAGCCCAGGCUCCACCUGCUCCUCAACCACAGGCGCGCCAGCUCGUCGUCCGUCACCUGCUGCAGCAGCAACGGGCGGUCGUCGUCUGAGCCCGAGGACUGGGCGGCGCCGUCAGGGGACGCCGUCGACUGGCGCUCGUUCCGGGCGCAGCUCGUCCUCAAGGAGCAGUACGCGAAGAGCGUCAACCCGGCGCUCAGGGCGUCGUGGGCGCCGGCGGCGAAGAUCGCGGACAAGUGGGCGCACCCGCUGGUGGAGCCGGAGAAGGGGUGCCUCCUGAUCGCGACGGGGAAGCUGGACGGGUCGCACAUCUUCGAGCGCACCGUGAUCCUCCUGCUGUCGGCCGGGGUUCUCGGCCCCGUCGGCGUGAUCCUGAACCGGCCCUCGCUCAUGUCCAUCAAGGAGGCGCAGUCCCUCUUCGCCGAGGAGGCGGACAUCGCCGGCACCUUCUCCGGCCGCCCGCUCUUCUUCGGCGGGCCGCUGGAGGAAUGCUUCUUCCUGCUGGGGCCGCGGGAGGGCGCCAGCGCCGCCGACGACGUGGUGGGCCGGACGGGGCUGUUCGAGGAGGUGAUGCCGGGCGUGCACUACGGCACGCGGGAGAGCGUGGGGUGCGCCGCGGAGCUGGUCAAGCGCGGGGUCGCCGGCGUGCGGGACUUCCGCUUCUUCGACGGGUUCUGCGGGUGGGAGAGGGAGCAGCUGCAUGACGAGGUCCGCGCAGGGCUGUGGCGUGUGGCCGCCUGCAGCCCCGCCGUUCUCGGGCUCACCGGCAUCGGGGGCGGGCUGUGGGAGGAGGUGCAGCAGCUCGUCGGAAAGAGGAGGGUGUGGUAACUAAUUGAUCGUACAAGGCUUACAAGGCUACAUAUACUAGUACUUGCUAGGUAGAAAUUGUACAUUAUACUUGUUGUGAAAAAUGCUUCACAAGACAAUUAAUUUCCCUAUAAUUUUAUACUUACGUUACAUAUUCAUACAGAGAUUAAAGACCAAUCUUUCUAUUU